GCAACAGCCAGGGAGCCUAGUGCAGGUGAGCAGUGUCACCCCAGGUGUCACCCGUGGACUCAUGCUGCCUCCUUGCCCGGAUGUUUGACCCACAGCACAAAGCAGCUACCUUCAGGUGUGGGGUCCGCCAGUGCAGAAGGGGGUUGGAUGUGGAUGGACCCAGCCUGGGAUGGAUCCCCGGGGCCUCUGCCUGGCACAGUCAAUGUCCGGGUACGGGAGCUGAGCUGGCAGGGCCAGCACAACCCCUCCCCACACAGCAAGGGCUUGGGCAGCCAUGGGAGCAUCCACAGGGAGCAGCUAAUAAAGGAGCACCUGUCUCCUGCCCGACUGCAGGUCCUGGCCCAGGUGGAUGACCUCCAAAUGGUGCGGGUGCUGGAGAUGUGUGUGGACACCCGUGAAAACAGCCUGGGGAACUUUGGAGUGCACCUCCCCAACCUGAGCCAGCUGAAGCUGAAUGGCAGCCGCCUCACCUCCCUCAGAGACCUAGGCACCUCUCUGGGCUGCCUGCAGGUGCUGUGGCUGGCCCGCUGCGGUCUGACUGACCUAGACGGCAUUGGCUCCCUCCCGGCGCUGAAGGAACUCUACGUCUCCUACAACAACAUCUCGGAGCUGAGCCCACUGUGCAUGCUGGAGCAGCUGGAGGUGCUGGACCUGGAGGGCAACAGCGUGGAGGACCUGGGGCAGGUGCGAUACCUGCAGCUGUGCCCGCGCCUGGCCACGCUCACGCUGGAGGGCAAUCUGGUGUGCCUGAGGCCAGCCCCCGGCCCUUCCAACAAGGUGUGGGUGCUGCACACCCAGCCACGAGGGCGUCCUGUGGGCCCGCCGGUGCCCUCGGUGCCUGGGGACGGCCACCUGCGGUGCCGCCCGCGGGAGGGGCCGCGCCCUCGGGGCAGGACAGGUAUGAUCUUGGAGCUGGCCGCCAUGGAGCUGAAAGUGUGGGUGGACGGCAUCCAGCGGGUGGUCUGCGGGGUCUCAGAGCAGACCACCUGCCAGGAAGUGGUUAUAGCACUAGCCCAAGCAAUAGGCCAGACAGGCCGCUUCGUGCUUGUGCAGCGUCUCAGAGAGAAGGAACGGCAGCUGCUGCCACAGGAGUGUCCAGUAGGUGCCCAGGCCACCUGUGGACAGUUUGCCAGUGAUGUCCAGUUUGUCCUGAGGCGGACAGGACCCAGCCUGUCUGGGAGGCCCUCCUCAGACAGAUGUCUGCCCCCGGAGCGAUGCCCAGUUCGUGCCAGCCUCCCCCCAAAGCCAAGAGCAGGACCCGGCCGUGAGCCCCGGAAAGCACUGACCUUCAGUUUGGGAUGUCCCAGGCUGGCUCCCAAUCCCCUACCCCCUGAGCCUGCAACCCCAUUAGUACCCACACCGGGCACCUUUGCAGACCUGCAGGACCUAGAGCUCAGAGUACAGAGGAAUGCCGAGGAGCUGGGCCAUGAGGCCUUCUGGGAACAGGAGCUUCGGAGAGAGCAAGCCCGGGAGCGAGAGGGCCAGGCUCGCUUGCAGGCCCUGAGUGCAGCUACUGCCGAGCAUGCUGCCAGGCUCCAGGCCCUGGAUGCGCAGGCCUGUGCCCUGGAGACUGAGCUUCGGUUGGCCACAGAGGCGCCUGGACCUCCCUCUGCUACAGCAUCUGCUACAGAACGCCUGCUCCAGGACCUGGCAGUCCAGGAGCGGCAGAGUGUGGAGGUGCAGGGUAGCCUGGCCCUGGUGAGCCGAGCUCUGGAGGCUGCUGAGCAUGCCCUGCAGGCCCAGGCUCAGGAGCUUGAGGAGCUGAACCGGGAGCUCCGUCAGUGUAACCUGCAGCAAUUCAUCCAGCAGACUGGGGCUGCCCUACCACCGCACACACAUCCGGACAGAGGCCCAUCUGGCACAGAGGAUCUUCUGCCUCCAGCCAGUGAAGAGGCCCUCCAAGGAACCCCCCAGAGUCAUGUCCUAGUGCCCAGCCUGAGUCCUGAGGGGCUUUCCAGGACCUUGUGCUGUCACCUGAUCCCUUCUCCUCCCAAGUACCCAAUGCCACCCAAUUCAGACCACAGCUCUCCCCGGGCAUCAGACCUGCCCUUCAGGGGGCGCAGGCUCCGAGCCCUGGGCAGUAUGGGCCCCACCCCCAUUGAGAGGCCUGGCCUGGGUGAAAGGCUGGCUACAGCCACUGCCCGGAGAGCCCUGGAGGUGUCCUCAGGCCCCGGCCCUCGAAUCCAGGGGUGUCCAGACACAAGCCCAAUAACAGAUCCAGCAACCAGGCCACCAGGUCUCUGCUGUCUACCUCAUCUAAAUCCUAUCCCUCCAGCCCAUUCCCACCCUUAGUCCCCCCCAC